AUGUCCUGCUAUAUUCAGAGCUUUGAAGUAAAGAAACAGGCGAUCAAAUUGGGAGUGAAAAUAUACGGAUUUGAUGUUGAAAAUACCACAAAUGGCGUUGCUGUUUCGCAUAUUAACGAAAAUGCACAUGCUAUUGAAGUCUUGCAAGAAGGCGACAUAAUUCUAUCCAUAAAUAACACGCCUUGUAGUACGCAGGAUGCCAACUUUGUCAGAAACACUCUGAAAAAUACAGAUGGAACAAUUCAUGUUUGUGUUCGACGGACAAGCUCGUACUCUCUCUGGUGCCAAAGAGAUGAUCUUACAACAGAGGAGUUCGCAAAAGGGCCCAUGAGCGAAGGAAAGAAGAAAGCAAAACCGAACUGGAAGGAAGUGUGGACUCCUUUAAAGAGAACUUCGAUAAAGCUUGGAGUGAAAGUUUUCGGAUUUGACGUUGAAGAUUCCCCAAGCGGUGUUGUUGUGUCGCAUAUAAACGAGUUUGCACAAGCUAUUGUUAUGAGUUUGGAAUCAGCAGAUAGAAUAUACAGAGGGCUUAGUCUGAUGAUUCCAAGAUUAGAGGUUCUUCGAGAGGGCGACAUUAUUCUUUCUAUUGACAACACGCCCUGUAGUACUCGGCAUGCCGAUUUCGUCAGACAGCUUCUCAGGGAACUGGAUCACACGGUAAAUAUCUGCGUUCGACGAACAAGCUCCUACUCACUCUGGUGCCAAAGGACAGAUCUCACAACUGAGGAAUUCGCAAAAGGACCGGAGCAAAUACGUCGCAAAAAACACGCCGAAAGAAGGAAAAAAUGCGAGUGCACACGCCUGAUGAAUUGUGGUCAAUAA